ACGCAGAUGUGAGGUAGUGAUUGUUGUUAGUCGGCGAGACGUUCGCGAAGCCCGACUAAUGUUUUCCCGCGAUGUACCGAUGAGAUGAUGGGCGGGUUCUGGGAGCCGACGGGAGUCUCGUCGUGCGAUCUGGGGCUCGGUGACGGCGGAGACGACAACAUUGUGUACCUCCGCGUUGGCCAGCACUGGGCCUUGCCGGUCCACGUGGGCACGUUCUAUCCAGUGCAGGCGCCGAUGUGUGUGCUGGACUGGGACGAGUUCCGCCACCUGAACGCGGGCAGCGAGAGCGUGGCGGCCAUGGAGACGGACGAGGCCGGGGACUGUGCCUGGUUUUACGACUACGAAGCUGACUAUUGUGACGUUUGUUGCGAGCAGCGCAAGUGUGAGGAAGCCGGGCGCGCGCAUGCGGCGCACCUGGGCCCGUGUUCGCACCCGGACCCGCACCACGCCGGCAAGACGACGCACGGCGGGCUCAAACUCGGGGCGCUGGCCCCGCUACUCACCACCGCCCACCAUAACAACCAGCAUCAUGGCAACAACCACCACCACGGCCACACCAACGUGUCUUACCAGCAAUCGCAUCAUCGGACAAAUAAUGCUGCAAAUGCGACUACGAACACGACUGGAGGAGGCAGUGGAAGCGGCGAUGGAGACUACCAGCUUGUCCAACACGAAGUCCUCACCUCGCAGUCCAACCACUACGAGGUUCUGGAGUUUCUUGGGCGAGGCACGUUCGGGCAAGUGGUCAAGUGCUGGAAGAAGGGCACGAACGAAAUCGUAGCUAUCAAGAUAUUGAAGAACCAUCCGAACUAUGCCAGGCAGGGGCAAAUCGAGGUGCAAAUUCUGCAAAGACUUUCGCAAGAGAGUGCCGAGGAGUACAACUUCGUGCGUGCGCACGAAUGUUUUUCGCAUAAAAACCACACUUGUCUUGUAUUCGAAAUGCUGGAGCAGAAUCUCUACGAUUUUUUGAAAGUCAACAAAUUCAACCCUCUGCCAUUGAAAUGCAUCAGGCCGAUUUUGCAACAAGUUCUCACUGCCCUAUUCAAGCUUAAACAACUUGGUUUGAUUCAUGCUGACGUGAAGCCUGAAAACAUCAUGUUGGUUGAUCCUGUCCGCCAACCGUACAGAGUCAAAGUCAUUGAUUUUGGAAGUGCGUCUCACGUAUCGAAAGCGGUUCCGAAUGCGUACUUGCAGUCACGGUAUUACCGUGCACCGGAAAUGAUUCUUGGUGCGUUGACCUGGGUUUUAUGUCUUUUGCUUUCGCGAAACACUCCCCUAUUUACUCGAGGAAAGCCGAACCAUUUUGACGUUCGACUGUCCGUUCUUGAUCUAGGAUUGCCAUUCAGUGAAGCAAUCGACAUGUGGUCUGUGGGCUGCGUAAUUGCGGAACUAUUUCUGGGAUGGCCGUUGUAUCCGGGAUCUUCAGAAUACGAUCAAAUCCGAUACAUUUCGCAAACGCAAGGUCUACCGCCUGAACACAUGCUGAAUAAUGCCUCCAAGACGCGUCGAUUUUUCUAUCGUGACCUCGAAAAUGCCUCGUAUCCCUUCUGGCGCCUGAAGACGCCGGAGGAAUACGAAGUUGAGACCUCCGUGAAGUCGAAGGAAACUCGGAAAUACAUCUUCAAUUGCUUGGAUGAUAUUGGACAGGUUAAUGUUCCGACUGACUUGGAAGGAGGUGAACUGUUGGCGGAGAAAGCUGAUCGUCGCGAAUUCAUAGACCUGCUGAAGCGUAUGUUAACAACGGACCAGGAACGUCGCAUUGUACCUGCCGAAGGAUUGACGCAUCCAUUUGUUAGUCUGGCCCACUUGCUGGACUACGUUCAUUGUUCCAAUGUCAAAUCUAGCUUGGGUAUGAUGGAAGUAUGCAAGCGAGGAAACAGUGGCAAUGGGUAUCAGUCGAUUGCAACUGCUGCAGCCGUCGCUGCCGCUGCGUCUCAUUCAGUGAUGACCAACUUCAUCCCGAGCAGUUCCGGCAACCAUGUGGCCCUCGCAUUUGGAUCCCAGCUUCAGAAUCAAUACCCGGUUUUCCAAGCGCCGUCGAGUCGUCACGCGGUACGGCAGUACGCGUCGAGCUCCAGUCAAGCACGUGCACCCGAAGCAUCUUAUUCGUCUCUAGUGCCAUCGAUGCUCUGUCAGCCGAACGCAGGGGUUGCGGCUGCUGCAGCGGCUGCAUACCAAGCCCUGGCUAGUCCUGCUGCUGCUGCCGCGGCGGCUGCUGCGAAGCAGGUGGCUGUACACGUGGCGAGUCAACAACAAGCCCAGUUGCCACUGCAAGCAUCGCUGAUACCUCAGCCUGUUGCGGCCCAGCAACAGUAUGUGCCGGUGCCAGCUAUGAUGGAGCAGAAUGGACGCAUGGUUCUCACUAAUGUUCAGGGUUCAUGGGCGUCGAACAGGCAAAUGCUUGUUCCUGGGUGGACGACAGCCGGUGCAGCGCCUGGCCCGAGUCAAGCCGCCAUUCAACCGCAAGCCUUGAUUGCAGAUUCAGACGCAUGGCGCCGACGCGCAUUGCUUGUCGAUGGAUCAAACAUCAUGCCGGUUCAAGACCAAACGAGUUUCCAGCUGGAGGUUCCUGAUGUAUACAAAGAAUACGCAGCGCAAUCGGACCGCCAGUUUGUUGUUCAGAUUGCGAAAAGAACUCAAAAGCCGCCACAAGUCGCUCCUCCGCCACCACCAGCACAUCACUUGUCGCAUGUGGCAUCGUCACUGGGACUGGGGGCUCAUCAAAGUGCGUUUCACUUGUCACAUCAACUCCAGCAGCACGUACUGCCUAGCCAUGCCCAAAGAAUGGAUGGGUUGAAUAUCCACGCUCUCAACCAGACUGAUAUGUUCGCGUCUCCGCGAUACGGUGUGGAGGCGGUUUCCAUGUCGGGAUUUACCACAGGACACGGGCAGUUGCAUCACGGGACGAGCAGUAACAAGGUUGUGCCUCAAUCGAGUCCUGUGAAGAAGCGUGUGAAGGAAGGCACCCCGCCGUCGCAAGGAACUUCCGCCUACGUACGUAUGAGAAGCCCUAUGCCUGGAAGUAGUCAGCAGAUCCAAGGGGCCCCGCACCGGUUCGUCGAGCAAGGCCAUCGUCGCGAGGAAUAUUCCCUGCAGAGCCACGCUUCGGUUACGGACUCCGGCAACGGCUCUAGCACGGGCAAUUACGCUGAUGAAAACCGUCGCGACGGCCGGUUCCAUCAUUUGGGAAGUAAUCAUCAUGACAGCGGCCAGAAUUAUGAGCAGAAGCAGCAGCCGACGAAUCAGUUGCAUGCGCAUCAGGGGAAAUACUCUCAGGCGACUAUCACAAUCAGAGACACACCUUCGCCUGCGGUUUCUGUGAUCACGAUUUCCGACAGCGAUGAAGAUCCGGGAUACAAUUCAAGAAAUGCGAAAAAAUCGGAAAUUUGCAAGGACUCCGAGUGUAGGUCUUGCCAUCGUCCGAAUGCGUCAGAGGACGCUAGCGGCAGCCGCCAUUCACUCAACAGUGUUAGCAGUGGAUCAAGCGGAAGCGGCGGCCGAUUUCACGCGCCGCCCACAAAAGCCAUGGCUCUCGAUUCUUCCGCGAUGGGCAGUAGCACCAAUAGUAGCAAGUGUCCGUCAGUCAUGGCACUUACGCCUCAGGGACGCAAUCCGUCGCAGUCCUCUGAUGUUUUCGGGACCAGGCCACAAGAUGAUAAGUCACCACCAUCUCAGCAGCAGGGUUUGCAAGGCCGAAAUGUCAUUUCGUGCGUCACAGUAGCCGAUAGUGAUGAGGAACGUUGUAUCAAGACCGAAGUUAAUCAAGACGUUGCUCCCGCUGGAUCUGGCUCCAGCUAUCCGUCGACGGCCGCGUCGCAGAGUCAAAAGAAGCGCUUGUUGGCGAAAGCACAGUCGGAGUGUUUGCUGUAUGCUGGCUCGUCUGCGAUGGAGCCACCGGUGAUAUCGAAACGUGAGGCGCCGACGACGGUGGGCUCAUCGCCGCCGUGCAACCGAGGCGCCGGUGAUCCGUGGUCCAGACCAGCCUGUCGCACGAAGAAUGAAGCGAUUGAUGAAGGUUAUCGCAGCACUGAUCGCCGAGACGGGUUCUACAACGCAAGCGAGUAUUCGCGAACAUCGAACGGCGAUGGGUCUGGUGACGGUCAUUCCGCUCGCAACGUUCAGGACAGCAGGCGACAUGCGAUUAAUAUGCUUCCACCACAUGCGAUCAAAGAGGAACGAGACACGUAUUCACAUGCUGAAAAACUAUCCAACUACGGAGAACGAAAGGUGGACAAUCUUGGUUACUUCAAGAACGCCGAUGCGCCUUGUGUAUCUUUGGCUAGUGGCUACUCGAGCAUGCAAGCUCAUAGUUCUCGCAACUGGGUGGCCCCGGCUCUCCAGGCGCCUAUUAAUCACGGAGCGAGGCGUCUGUCGAUGGGAGAAGGAGGUUCGCCGCCGAAAACUUCGCAAGCGUUGACGCGGUUUGGACACGUGAUGACUCGAGGCCCUUCACCGCCUCGUGUUGCAGCACCGGCGCCUGCGCCAGCGGCACAGUUUGCGUACCAGGACUAUGAUCUGUAUGGUCGAGCGGCCGUAGCAGCUGCCGCCAUUGCGAAUGCUGCGGCAUCUGCUCCGAUCUAUGUCACUACCAGUUUGACGCUGCCAUCCUAUCAUCCGAGUCUCGCGGGAGCGUUGCCGCCACCAGCUCAUCACAGUAAUUCGAGAGCAGCAACGAUGCUGACUGGGCCGGGUGGAGGUGCACAGCCUCUUCCGGCGCAUCUCCAACCUGGCCCUGGACCCGUCUUCUCUACGCAUCCUGUGCAAAUGGCGGCGGGGCAAACUUAUGCCUACGCCACCCUUAGUCCGGCCAAGACCCAAUAUACACCCCUUUACCACCUCUUUGGGGACUAAGGAUGUAGUGGUGUAUUACGACAGAACGAAUGUGUACUUGAUUUGUCUCUCACGAUUUUGUUCUGUGUUCUGGCGAAGCGUGCUUUACUUGAUUCAGUUCGAUUGGAUGCGGAAUAGCUUGCAGCGUUGAAGAGAAGCAACGAAGUCAAUUCGUUUUUUUUUUUUUUUAUUUAUUUAUUUUUGUUUCUUGUCGUGUGGCCCGGUUACAAAGCGCCGUUAUGAGCGUAUAAGCCUCCUGAAUGCCUUUGCUGGAUUUUUGAGGGGGAAGAAAAACCACGCAUGCUUUCCGCGUUAAGCGUUUUUCAUGUUCUGAUCUGUCACGGUGUGAAGAAGCUUGGAGGAAAGUAGCUUGUGUCGAGAGAAGAUGGGACUUCAUGACGGGUGCUGCACGAUGUGCUUUUUUUUUUUUUCCGAAGCGGGGAAGGGUUAUAAAUACGAACAUCUGUUGGGAGGUUUCGAAUGUGCAGAAAGUGAUUUUUCGAUGUACUGGAAAGAAUUUUCCUUUCAUCGCUCCUUUUAAGGUGGGGAAGAUGGGGAAGAUGGGUUGACGUCUUUUGGGUUUCUCAUCAGUGAAAACGGUACUGUAUUCUCUUCGUUUUCCCAGAAUCGCUGACGCACUUGGAAGGCGAGAAAGGGAUGAUGGAGAUUAGUAGGCACACCUCUAAUUAUUGUGAUAUAAAUUUUUUAAUGCGUGGCGUAGAAAAAAAGCGAGCAGUCAGUGCCACAGGGGUGUAAAUGACCGUCGGGGUAUCCGGAGAGCUUUUGAGUGUUGCUUCAGCGCAUUUAAGUAUCUGGGAGGUGGAUUCCUUGGCUUUUAUGCGGAUUUGACUCGGGAGCAAAGUUGAAGUGAGAGAGUAUCAUUUCUUUUUUUUCUGUUAGCUGAGACCGGACGGAAAAGUUGUGAAAUUAGUUGUGUAUCGAUUGUUUUGGGACACUACGGUGUUUGUUGUAUUUUCUCUCGAAAGUCGGGCUUUUAGGUGGAAUUUAUUUUUGACGCUUUUGGAUUCGGGACUCGGGAGGGGGGUGGGUUUCGGAGUGCGUUUCUUGCAGUAUUCACGCCCUUGGUGGACGAGGAAAAUCGGUGGGUCGCUAGGUCUUAUUUUUUCUACUGCUUUUUUCCGCUUUCGUUCUCGAAAAUAUCCAGGAAGGGAGUUGAGAAUAUUGGCAAAGUAUUUUCAAAGAAGAAAUUCCCUGGCUUUGUGCUGUUCCAUUUCAUCGAUGUGCUGGGGAUGCGUGUACAUUUUUUGAAUAUGCUAGGAAAUCGGUGUGAUAAUCGUUCUUGGUCUAGGAGGACGUCAGGAAGUCAUGGUUGAUGUUCUAGCUGCGAGUCGCGGUUUUACGCGCUAUUUCCUGGGUAGAAUGGAAACGUCUCUUACUUUUUUUUUAAUAGGGAAAGGGGUGAAGCCCAGUUGGGUGUUGGAGGGGAAUCGAGUAUGUAUUCGGUGUCUAGUAGCCGUAGACAGCCAUUGUUGGCUGCUUUAACCAUGUGUGAAAUGGCAAGAGGAGGAGGAGAAACAAUCGAUGUAUUGAUGUGAAGUAGGUCGUUGAGCGUCCAAAUCUGUUCUGGCUUGGUGUUGUUUGUUCCCUAAGCGCGAUGGGUGAAGGCGUGGUUUGUUCAUAAAUAGCAUAUCACAACCGUAGUUCUGAAAUUUCAAUUCUGGCGAUAUUUUUUCUUUGCUUUCUGGAAAAUAUGCUGCCAUAGUGGAAUUUUACUUCUAAAAGAUCUAGCUCGUAAUCGUUUUGCCUGUUUCUCAUCCGCAAACUUUUGGUGAUUGGCGUUCCACAUUUCUUAUUAGUAACUAAUGUUGAAUUCUGCGGUUGACGUGUCCGCCUAAUUAAAAAAAAAAAACAAAACAAAAAAAACAAAUGUAAAUGAAAGUUGGGUGAGGUUUUGGUUGGUUAAAUGCUUGAAAUCAGAAGAAGUAACGCAGAAUUUAGUCGGAGUAGAACGAAGAUUUUACCGGAAUUUUGUGAAUAUAAGAACGGCGCUCUUCAUUCUUUCUUCAGAAAUUAGGAAGUUUGUGAACGAUUCCGUUUUUUUAAAUCCCCUCCGAAAUGUUCCGAUUCGAUUUUCUGUUAUUUGAAUGAUCGAUUGUCAAACUGUCUCAUCAGGGCUUUAAUGCAAGCUUCUUGAUGCGUGAGUUCGUUGCAUGGGAUGUAAGUUGAUGCGUUUUUUGAAUCCGUCAAGAAACUCCUUGUGGUGUUUGGGUGGCAAGGGGGCUAUAGUAUGCAGUGUGAUUUUUUUCCUGUGUAACAUAUAUGCAGGGUGUGAUGGAUAUUUUCAACGUUGAAUCGUAAUGAUCAACACAUCUUUUGCGCACCGUACCGAGGGUUGAGCUGAAAAAAUUCCGCCGGAGGUCUCUUGCUUUCUUUUUACAAAAUCCUAAAAUUUUUUCCCUUGUAUGUCGAAUAUAUCUUUUAAUCCUGCGAAACUCUUCGUCGCUAAUGUUUUUGCCGCAUUUUUUCGAGAAUCCUUGGUCCUUUCUUUGCAAGAAAUUCUAGAUCAACUCUUGAGACCUCGUCCUUUUUUAAAGAUUGGUUGAAACAUUGACGAGCAGGAGACUUCUGGCUCACAUUUACAAGUGAUGGUACCGAGAGAAAAAAAUCGUACGAAGAUUUUUUGCGUUUUGCCCUGAAGUGGAAGCAAAUUCAAUUUUGGGAAUGUUUUGUUUUUGGAUUGCCUUCGCUCCGGGUCGGAAGUCGACACUUCCGUUUCUAUAAUUUUUUGGGUUCACGCUUCCUCUUUUGUAGAUCUCAAUCGCAUCACAAGCCUGAGUUUUGUUUCCUUUUUGACGUGUCAAGCUUUGCUAAUCCACUGAGUAUAGGAGGCGGGUUCUGGUGUGAUUCCUAGCAUUGUAAAGCUUAGUCGCGAGCAGGCUUUGACUGUCCCUAUUUGAUUAUUGAUCAACAAUUAUUGGCACAGAAAUCUGUUUCGGCCCAGGAUGCAUUCAAAUAUCCCAAGCUGUCUAUAUGUGGUUGAAGCAGGCGGCCUGUGACAACGUUGGGGUGGUUUAGUUUCAUGUGUUGUAGGUCAAAUCCACACCUGACAGCUUGCAAAAAAAAGGGGGGAAGAGAUUGGAUUUUGGAAAACAAAGUGGAAUAAAAUGAAAUGCUUCGAUGCAGGAUGGCAUUUGAAAACCCA